AUGGAUUCAGGCCAGAUCUUUAGAUUCUUGGAUUUGCCAGGGGAAAUUCGGAAUCGCAUAUACGAGGUUCUUGCAGAAAUAAGUACGCGGACAUUCCCAAACACAUAUCCAAAGUCCAUGUCGUCUCGGCGCAGGGGCCUACGACCCGACCAUGAAGUCCGGCGACCUCCUCACAAACCUCUCCCAUUCAUCGGCCUGACACAAACCUGUACACUUAUCAGAAUGGAGUUCCGCCCACUCUGGCUAUCGACACAUCACUUCCCUUUGUUUGCCCUAUGUGGAUACUUCAAAGCGUUUUUUCCUCCUCCGCUCCGGGCGAACCAAGCAAGCGAGGAAAUCAGACAACGCGUUGCACGCUAUCACCAUCCCGGGGGUACUUUGAGGAUUUGGCUGAACAUAGACUCACUGGCCGAUAUAGACAUACUUCCAGUGGUCAAGUUUCACCUGCGCUUUCCUAUGUACACGUUUGAUCUUGUUUCGGGACAUCCCAAAGUCACUGCAGAAGUCCGGAGCUCUAUAUCAACGCUCAUCUACAACCCCAACGCAACUUGGAUUCAAUAUAUCAAGCAGCACAUAAUUACGCAAGUGCGACUACAAAUCAUGGACCGCAUGCCGGGUAUGGAAAUUGUACGAAUUGUUCUCAAAGAGAGCCAUGUGCCUGGUUGGAUGAAGGCGACUUGGGGGCAUAAUGAUAACCAUGCCACAGAAUAUACAACAAGUUUGGGACUAGAGGGAUUGAAUCGAGCCAUAAGAUUUGGUGCCGAUUACUCCUGA